AUGUCUCAGAUAAAUCAGCUUGCUUCUGCUGCUAAGUCUGUUGCUGGUGUUGAAUAUGUUAGUUCGGUGACCACGAGAGGGGGUAAGACCACUCGUGAUCCACCAAACCCUAACCAUGGUACAGUUAAGACUCCGCGUCAACCAGAACAAACAUCUGCUGAGCCGAUUGAUCCUCAAGCCGAAUCAUCACAUGAGGAACCGACUCCAAAAGUUUAUGGGGAUACCACGAUGCUUCCUUUUCCCACCAGGUGGACGAAGAAGAAGAAGGACGGAGAAGAGCAAUUUCCCCGCUUCGUGGAAAUGGUCGAGAAGACAAACGUGAGCGUCCCGCUGAUGGAUGUCUUGCACAUACCAUCCUAUGCUAAGUUUAUCAAGGAUAUCAUCAACAACAAGCGACCAUUACCCUCCACAGAAGUCGUCAAGCUGACAGAAGAGUGUAGCGCAGCUAUACUCAACCAUCUACCUAAGAAGAAGCAAGAUCCUGGGUGCCCCACAAUUACAUGCUCAAUAGGCACCCAACAUUUUGAUCAUGCCUUAUGUGAUCUUGGGGCGAGUGUGAGCGUCAUGUUGAAAUCAGUCUUUGAUAGGCUAAACUUCACCAACUUGGAACCAACCAACAUGACACUCCAGUUAGCGGACUCGUCAGUUCGGUACCCAGCAGGGAUUGCCCAAGACAUCCCAGUCAAGAUCAAAGGAUAUUACGUCCUCGUGGAAUUUGUGGUGUUAAAUAUGGAACUCACCAAGGAGACACCACUAAUCCUAGGAAGGCCAUUCUUGAGCACGGCAAAAGCACAAAUUGAUGUCGGAGCCGGAGAAAUCCGCUUCAACAUUAAUGGCCAAGAAGAGAAGUUCGAAUUCAGGCCACGCCGUCAAGAAUCCUGCAACAUGAUACGCAUCCGCUACGGGCCAAAUCUCCAAGGCAUCGGGCAAGUUAAGAUCUAG